AGGGUUUGACAUGUUUCAUUCAGGUUGGAGCCGAGGCCGACCACAACUAUCAGAACUACAUCCUGCGAGCUCUCAGUCAGAUCAUGCUCUUUGUGGACGGGAUGAAUGGAGUGAUAAACCACAACGAGACGGUUCAGUGGCUCUACACUCUGACAGGAAGUCUGUCUCGUCUGGUGGUGAAAACGUCUCUGAAGCUUCUCAUCGUGUUUGUGGAAUAUUCAGAGUCCAACAGUCCUCUGCUGAUCAACGCUGUGAACACGGUGGACACACGCAGAGGUGUGAAGUCGUGGAGUUACGUGAUGGAUGUUCUGGAGGAGAGAAACGGCUCCGACACUGAGCUGCUCAUGUUCGCCAUGACGCUCAUCAACAAGACUCUGGCAGUACUUCCUGAUCAGGACUCGUUCUACGACGUCACAGACAGUCUGGAGCAGCUGGGGAUGGAAAACAUCAUCCACAAACACAUGAACAACAAGAUUACGGAGACCGACCUGCGGGCUCAGUUCGCUGUGUACGAGACAGCUCUGAGAAACGAGGACGGCGAGGUCGACGACUCUGCCCCUCACGUCCGUAAAGAAAGAAGAAAGAUGGUCACCAGCGAUCAGGAGGGAAGGAGGAGCCGUCGCACGUCCAAUCAAAACCUCCCCGACCUCCUGUCUUCCUCUGCAGGCUCCUCCCCCUCCACCUCACCCAUCCCCCCUGUCUUCUCUCCCUCCUCCGCGAACAACCCCAUCUCCCCCACCAUCUCCUCCGCCUCUUCUCCGAGCCCCACGGCGGGACUCGGCAGCAGGGCCUCGUCUCCGCUGAGCUCCGAGCCCGACAGUCCCACCCCCAGUCCGUCUGGGUCUCAUAGAGGGUCCCCACUGCCCCCUCACACCGCCGCCAAUGGCACCAUGACCGCAGAGCAGGACACGAAGACGCCAUCCAGCCCGAGUCGCUCUUUCCUCAGUCACCACAUGUUGGCCCUUGGUCUGGGCAGGAGGUCCAGACUAUUCUCCAAAGCCAGCUCCAUCUCUGAGGAGUCUUCAGCGGCCGGCAGCUCGUCCCCCACAGACGUCGUCUUUCAGGAGAAGUCAUCCCAGUUGAAUCCGGAGCAGUCGAGCAACAAGGCGGAGCCUAAGAGCGGAUUCAACUCUGGGGAGUCUGACUCGCUCUUCUGCUCAGAUGACUGUAAUGUAAAUCAGGACAAGCCGGUUCUAAAGAGGUUUGAAGGUGGCUUCCUGCGCAGCCUGGCCGCCACACAGUGGGAGAAGAAGAGAAGAAGUAAACAGUUCAGCCAGUCCAGGCUGUCCUCGUCUGAUGACGUCAUAACCCCGAGCUUUCAGCCCGCUGCAGAUGAGGGGGGAGGGGCCACAGAGUCGUCACGUCACGCUUCCAGCGGCUCGGACGCAAACGGACACCCCCAGAAUGACCCGACCACCGAUACCGCCACUGACACAAGCGAGGACACGGGGAGCUUCCAGGCCGGUGGAGAAGACCAUGGCGGUCGGGGUCGUGUGUUGGAGCGUCUGUCCAGCAUCAAAGCGCGCUCAGUGGAGCCCUCUGCAGCCUCCGAGAGCAGCGCCUCCCGCAGGGCGGAGCUGGAGGGGCUGGAAGGAUCCGCCCAGGCAGCGCUGGCUCGACUGGCUGAAGAACGACAGAGCCGUUACAUCCGGCAGCAGAGCAGCAUCGACGUGGAGGGCCCCGCCCGCCGCCUGGAGACCACCCAGAUGACCCCGCUGGGCCCCGGGGGUCCUGCCGACGCCUGGGACCAGCUGCAGCCGAGCGCCGCUGCCCUGCGCAUCAAAGACCUGGACUUCUCCGACCUGCUGGACGAGGAGGACAUCGACGUGUUGGACAUGGACACGCUCGACUCCACCUCCGCCUCCGCCUGCUUCUCUGGCAUCCCUCCCGCACCCCCUCCUCCCCCAGGCAUGGCUCCCCCUCCUCCUCCUCCCCCACCUCCACCACCUGGGGGCAUGGCUCCUCCUCCACCACCUCCCCCUCCUCCAGGUGCUCCUCCUCUUCCUCCUCCUCCCCCCUCGUCCUCGGCGGCGUCCACGCUGAAGAAGAAGAAGACGGUGAAGUUGUUCUGGAGGGAGCUGAAGCAGGCUGACAGACCUGAGAGGUGUCGUUUCGGCCGGGGGACGGUGUGGGCGUCUCUCGACAAGGUGGCAGUGGACACCGCCCGCCUCGAACACCUGUUUGAGUCUAAGGCAAAGGAGCUUCACGUCGCCAAGAAAGGACCUGAGACCAAGAAGUCUGAGAUUCUGGUUCUGGACUCGAAGAGAAGCAACGCCAUCAACAUCGGUAUGACUGUGCUGCCGGCCGUCCACGUCAUCAAGACCGCCAUCCUCAACUUUGACGAGUUCGCCAUCAGCAAGGAGGGGAUAGAGAAGAUCCUGACCAUGACCCCCACCGACGAGGAGAAGCAGAGGAUCCAGGAGGCUCAACUGGCCAAUCCUGACGUCCCUCUGGGCACGGCCGAGCAGUUCCUGUGCAGCCUGGCCUCCAUCAGUGCCUUGACCCCCCGACUGCAGCUGUGGGCCUUCAAGCUCAACUACGAGGCUCUGGAGAAGGAGAUCGCAGAGCCGCUGUUCGACCUGAAGCUGGGCAUGGAGCAGCUGGCGUCCAAUCAGACCUUCAGGAGGAUCUUGGCGACGCUGCUCGCCAUCGGAAACUUUCUCAACAGCUCCAGCGUAAGAACACGAAGUCUCCUCCACACGAGUGAUUCACUCGUGUGACACGUGAGGUCAAAGGUCAACAGACGUUCUGUGACGGAUCAGUUUUCUCCCUCGUCUCGUCCGUCCCACACUUUUCUUUCAUUCGUCCGUAGAAUCAUUCAUGAUGGUCAAUGACCAGAGUCGCACGCUACUUUCACAAUGCAUUAUGGGAAUCUGAGU